GCCACCGGCAGUGACUAAGUCUUCCUUCCCCCCAUCCCCAUCAGUACUUCUCUUGUCAUUUGUUUUCUUGAUCUUUGCAGUUCUGACUGAGAAUGUCUAGGAAGCAGGCAUCAGGGGACAACAAAUACAAGCUGUGCUCUUCUGCUGUUCCGGACAUGAAGCAAGAGCAGUGAUGGUAAAUGACACUAUGGAACCAAGGGUACAGCAAGUGGGCAGGCAGCCCAGAGGAUGAAGAGUGCUUGAUCGGUGGCACCAGGGAUUCUGCUGUCACCUCUGGAUGACGACCAAACUUUGCAAUCAAAAGCUUGGCAGCUAUAAUAAUGAGUAUCGGAAGCACAGCUGCAACCCCUCGGUCCUGCAGUUGCUCUCGAACUUCCUGUUUUUAGCUUGGCUUCUGCUGAUCAUUCUUGCCCUAGUCUCAAAGGUCCCCAGCUCCCAGAGUCAAGACAAAAUCUACCAGGAGCUCAUGCAGCUGAAGACUGAAGUAGAUGAUGACUUGUGUCAACCCUACCAAAGGGACUGUGUGUUCUUUCGUGGAAACUGUUAUGUCUUCUCCAAGUCCCAAAGCAACUGGUACAACUCCAUCAAUGCCUGCCAGGAAGUGGGGGCCCAAAUGGUCAUCAUAGAGACUGAGGGGGAGCAGGUCCACUGGUGGGGCACCCCCCUUGUCUGGAACACACAUCUGGCUGUGGUCACCUGAGAUUGAGAGACCAUUUCCCUGACAAAACUAUGAGGCCUUGACAGUAGGUACCAUACAGAUGUCCCAUUUGGAGGUUCACACCCCAUAGACACUUACUCCCUGCAUAGUGUUGGAAUAAAGAGGAGCCCAACAAUGUCGAGGACGAAGAUGGCACAGAGUUCUCUAGGGAUGGCUGGAAUGAUCUCAAAUGUGAUGCCCUAAAUUUCUGGAUCUAUAAGAAAGCUUUAACUUCAUCAUGCACCACCAAACAAAAGCCAGUUCAU